UAUUAGCCUACUCUAAAAAAUUACUAAUCAUAUAUUUUUGGAAAGAGAGAUGAAAGCUUUGGAAGAGAAUACUUGUAAACUAAAAUAAAAUUAUGAAAAUAUAUAAAAUUAAAAAAUUAAAAUCAUAUUUUAGUAAACUUCUGAUGAAAUCUAGUUAAAAUUUAUAGUUUAGUAGAUUGAAAUUGUAAUAAAGUGAAUAAAGUGAAAAUAUAAUGUUUUAUAUUAGUUGAUAAACGGCUGGAAAUUGUAGCUAUCCGAUUUAAGUUAAUCAAACGGCUAUGAGUUAUUCUUGAUGUAAUAACGUGAAAAUAUAAUGUUUUAUUGAAUUAGUAUAACGACUAACCACCACAUGCGAGGGUUAUGAUGGCAAAAAUGUUAUUAUUUCUACAUGUGUCUAAUUUGAGAAGUAGAAAUAAUACUUUCAACUGGUAAAUAUUUUUUCAUUUUAUUAUAUUAUGAUUUCAAUUAAUAAGUUUGUUUAUGAUUAGACGAAAACAAUUAGGAAUUGUAGUUUACGAAAUAUUUUUUUUCUCACAUGCAUAGUCACUUUUUAAACGGUCAAACUUAUAUUUUUGUUGUUGUUUGUUGAUGUUUUUUUUGACAUCGUUGUUGUUGUUAUUAUGUAUAUCAAUGUGGAAAAAUAGUUUGUAACUAGCAUUAUGCUAGUAGCAUAUAAUUCUUAUGUAACAAUGUUAGUAGUAUUUAGACAGAAAUAAUGUAUGACAGCGUAGCCAAUGUAAUUUGCAUGGUAUUUAUUAUAAUUGGUGCGUAAAUAAACGUUAUUUCGUUUGUAAUGAGCAAUCAUGGAAUAUAACUUUUAUCUACUAAAUAUAUUUCAAGAAAUGAAAUUAGUGUUUUAAUUUUCUGAAAAGGGAACAGAAGAAUUUUGUAGAAACUUGUUACUAGUCUACUUGGCUAUAUUUUAGUUUCUGGUGGAAAAAUGAAUACCAUUUAUUUUGGUGGUUUCAAAAAGUUUAAUAAUUUAGAUGUACCAGUGGUUACAUUAUUAAUGUCUUUAAAGAAAGGAUAAAGACAUCUUUUACUUUAUUGGAACAGCUUUUUUGAGUUGUAAUUUUGAGACGCAUUGGAUUCCUUGUUUGACCAUUGUCUACCUGAAAAACCCGCUAACAUUGAAUAUAUCUCUCUGUCCCUUUCUUCUUCUUUUCUCUAUAAAAUUAAAAAAAAAUGCCUCAAGAUUCUGCGACUACUACUACUACUUCUCCGCCGCCACCUUCAACCGCAAUGAACUCAAUGCCGAACGGUUCCCCUACCAAUCCUUCCUCUUCUCUGACGCAACCAGACUUUAAGGAUGAAGAAGAAAAGCCAAACCAACUAACUUUGGAACCAGAGCCAAUUCAGCCGCCGCCGGCGACUCCGGAGCCAAAUCCGCAGCCGAGCUUUGACCAAGAUUUGUCGUUGCCUUUUGUUCCGGAGCUGGAGGAGACAAACAACGCGGCGGAGGUGACAGAGCAGUCUCACCAAGUCAGGCCGGAGACAGCAACUUUGGAGCAAGAAGGUCCCAAACACGCGGCGGAGAAUUCAAAACCGCCGGUGAUUACGGAGCCAAAUCCACAACGGGGUUCCGAGCAAGAUUCUUCGUUGCUUUUAGUUCCGGAGCCGGAGGAAACCGACCACGCCGCGGAGGAUUCAAAGCAGCCUCACCAAGUCACGCCGGAGACGGUGACUUUGAAGCAAGAAGGUCCCAACCAUGCGGCCCAAGAUUCAGAACCACUUCCAGAUGGUCUCAAAAACGCGGCGGAGGAUGCAGAACUGCCACGUGAAGUGACGCCGGAGACAGAGCCGUCGGUGCUUGCGAUGUCGGAGCCAGAGGAGCCUAACCAUACGGUCGAGAGUGAUUCAGAGAAACCACAUCAAGUGACGCCGGAGACAGAGCCAACGCAGAAACUGAUGUUAGAGCAGCGGAAAAAGUACACGGAGGUAGCAGACUGGACAGAGCCGGAACCACCAGACGCGGCGGUGUUAGAAGCUGCAGCGUCAGCCCCCGAGCCAAAGCAACCAGAGCCUCACAACCCUGAAGUCGCAGCUUUUUCCUUGAAAACAAGAUCGUUGGCGGAGAUGAUGAACAGAGAAGAAGCCGAAGAGAAACCAAAGAUUCAGAUUCCUCAUAGCCUCGGCUCCUUCAAGGAAGAAACCAACAGAAUCUCCGACCUCUCGGACCACGAGUUAAACGCUCUUCACGAGCUCCGUCACCUCUUGCAAGAAUCAACCACCAUAGACUCCAGCAAAACUUUCAUAUGGGGUGUGCCACUUCUCAAAGACGACAGAAGCGACGUCGUUUUGCUCAAAUUCUUGAGAGCCAGAGAUUUCAAACCGCAAGAAGCUUACUCAAUGCUCACCAAGACACUCCAGUGGAGAAUGGAGUUCAACAUCGAGGAGCUUCUCGACGAAAACCUCGGAGACCAUUUAGACAAGGUUGUGUUCAUGCAAGGGCAGGACAGGGAGAAUCAUCCGGUCUGUUACAACGUCUACGGUGAGUUUCAGGACAAGGAUCUUUAUCAGAAGACGUUCUCGGACGAGGAGAAGAGAGACCGGUUCUUGAGGUGGAGGAUUCAGUUUCUUGAGAAGAGUAUAAGGAAGCUAGAUUUUGUGGCUGGUGGGGUUUCCACGAUCUGUCAAGUAAACGAUCUCAAGAACUCUCCAGGACCUGGUAAGACUGAGCUCAGGGUAGCCACUAAGCAAGCUCUUAAUCUUCUUCAAGACAAUUACCCUGAGUUUAUCUCUAAACAGAUAUUCAUCAACGUUCCAUGGUGGUACCUUGCUUUCUAUAGGAUUAUCAGCCCUUUCAUGACCCAAAGGUCAAAGAGCAAACUCGUUUUCUCAGGUCCUUCAAGAUCUGCAGAAACCCUUUUCAAGUACAUAUCACCAGAACAUGUCCCGGUUCAGUACGGUGGACUAAGUGUGGAUAACUGCGACUGCAACUCGGAUUUCACACAUGAGGACACCGCCACUGAGAUUACCGUUAAACCAACAACAAAACAAACCGUCGAGAUUAUUGUUUACGAGAGAUGCACCAUCGUGUGGGAGAUAAGAGUAGUGGGAUGGGAGGUUAUGUAUGGAGCUGAGUUUGUGCCGGAGAACAAAGAAGGAUACACAGUGAUAAUUCAGAAGCCGAGGAAGGUGGCUUCAGGAGAUGAACCUGUAGUGUCUCAAAGCUUCAAAGUUGGAGAAGUUGGCAAGAUUUUACUAACCGUGGAUAACCCAACGUCCAACAAGAAAAUUCUUAUUUACAGGUUCAAGGUUAAGCCUUUGCCGUGUGAGUAACAAAAGUUGCAUCUGUCUUCAAGUGUUUCGUAGCUUAGAACUUGAUCAAAUGUUUGUUGGUUGUGUUUUUUUCUUUUUAAUAUGUGGCGACUUAUAUGCCUGUGUCUUGUUUGUUAAAAUUCGUUUGUUUUAGAUUUGUAUUUUGCUUUACUAUCUCUUUAAUUUGCUUCUAAGGAGGAUGAUGUUUUGAGUAGUAAAUGGCUUUUAAAGGAUACAGGCUUUUUUUUGUUGGUCAGGAAUUAAGUGUCCAGUGCAGAUUGUUAAGAAAAGAGUAUAACAUGA